AUGGCGAUUGCAGCUCAGCUUUUUAGUCUCCCCAGCCUCACGCUCGCAGCGGCAGCAGAGUCAUUCCUAGCCAUCAGGCUGUUCCCUGACUAUUACGGCACUCAAAGUCACGUAGCCACCGUAGCGACAGUGCUGCUCAUCAACUAUGCCUUUGGACUCGUCUUCUGGACGCUGCUAUAUCCAAGACUGCUCAGUCCCCUUCGCCGUAUCCCGGGCCCGAAAGCAUACUUUAGUGCCGCUCAUCGCGCCCUCAUCAUCAAAGGCAGGCCCUCGGGUGAUCUCUUCUUAGACCUCGCGAAACAGUACCCCGAUCAAGACAUGAUAACACUCAACGUACUUCGAGACCAGAUAUGCAUCAUGAACCCUCGGCUACUAGCCGACCUUCUCGUUCAUAACUGCUACGACUUUGCGAAGCCGAAGAGAAUCAGCUCGUUCCUGCGACACAUUCUUGGAGAUGGACUUAUCAUCGUCGAGGGUGACCAGCACAAGUUCCUCCGCAAAAGUUCGACGCCUGCUUUCCAUUUUCGACAUAUCAAGGAGCUGUACCCUAUGAUGUGGGCUAGAGGGGAGGUACUGGCAAAGGCACUAAAUGAAGACAUUACUACCAACGGAUCGUCAGCCAUAGAGCUGAGCACCUGGGCGAGCAAGGUUACCCUCGACAUCAUUGGCAUUGCUGGCCUGGGCCAAAGGUUUGACGCUGUCGAGAAGAAGAAAGAUCCGCUUGCGGGGAUAUACGAAGCACUUCUUGAGCCUAGCCGGGAAAAGCUCGUCUUCUCCAUGUUGUCAUUGGCUCUGGGCCUUCCGUUUGUCCGACUGAUCCCAUGGAAGAUGAACGACCUCUUCAACUACUUGACUGGGUCAUUGAAUGACAUCUGUAGGCCAAUGAUUCAGGAGAAGAGGGUUGCUAUCACUGAGAAGGAGGAUGACCACUCUGAUAUUCUGUCACUUCUUAUCAAGUCGAAUAACUUCUCUGACGAGGCGUUGAAGGAUCAACUAUUGACUUUCCUUGCAGCAGGCCAUGAAACCACAGCUUCUGCACUCACGUGGGCAUGUUAUUUGCUCACGAAGAACCCUGAAAUCCAACAAAAGCUCAGAGAUGAAGUUACUGAGGCUUUGUCAGAGGAUAUCGGAAACAUUCCAGCAGUUGAUCUUGCCGGAAUCUUGGAGCAACUUCCUUACCUGAACGGAAUUAUGCAUGAGACACUACGGCUCUACCCGACAGUGCCAAUGACCAUGAGACAGGCUCUCCGUGAUACGCGCAUUGGCGACCAAUUCAUUCCCAAGGGCACCGAUAUCAUUGUCUCGAUCUGGUAUGUCAAUCGCUCACCAACGAUCUGGGGCCCGGAUGCUGCAGAAUUCCUCCCAGAACGUUGGAUCACGGACGGGAAGCCGAAUACGAAUGGAGGGGCGGCCAGCAACUACGAUUUCCUGACAUUCUUGCACGGGCCACGAAGUUGCAUUGGACAGGGCUUUGCGAAGGCUGAGAUGCGAUGCCUACUAGCUGUCAUGGUGAGAUCUUUCUCUUGGACGCUGGCGAUGGACGACGCAUUGGUGAUGCCCAGAGGUGUUAUUACUAUCAAGCCUGAGAACGGCAUGCAUCUCAAACUAACGCCUCUGGAGGUUAAAACGUGA